AUGUCAACGCAUCGAGGCUACCUCGAGCUGAAAAGCCCAGAAGCACCUCUAUCUUUUCCAAGGCCAGUGGCAUCAAGCCCACAAAAUAGCUCUUCCAUCGACUCUCGAUUAUUCAACACGUUACGGUCAAUAAUGCACGAAUCCUGCGAGCCAUGGUACGCUUUUCGAGCCUCGUUCAUACUGGCUAUCUGUGUGGAACACCUCUUACAUUGUCUUGUAAAUUUGGAGAGGAAGGUUCGAACGAACGUAGCGGUUAUUCCCUCAGCUACACAACAAAUUCACCCCUCACUAGUAGCGGCGUGA